CAUGUGUUCCUGCACUUACCAAUAAAUAACCAAACAUGAAUCAACUCAUAGAUUUUGACUCUGAUCAGUGAGCCAGACCACCGGUGGAAAUGUCUGUGAAGAUCCUCUCCAUCACUCUCCUCCUGGUCUCAAUGUGUGUGAGCUGCCACUCCUCUGAAGGUACUCAUCGUCAUCAUCCUGGACCGGUACCACCAUGCUGCACUGUAGUCACCAAAGGCAAUAUGACUGCUGACGUGGUGGGGCAAAUAUAUCAUGAACUGGCUGCAAGAGGACACUGUGUGAAGGCUAUAAUUUUUUACACAAAAGAUGGAAAACUUUGUGCUGAUCCAGACGCUCAGUGGGUCAAAGAUCUCAUUGCCAACAUGACGAAGGUGUGAAGCCUGUCUGAUGCAUCAGUAUUUCCAGUAUUUCCAUCACCUUUAAAGGCUUAUUCAAACCAGAGCGCUU